AUGUCUUUCUCGCACAACGGCAUCUCCCUCCGCGCGUUAACUCGAAACUGCGAACCGAAAAGACAACUACAAAAACGACGAGAAAACAACGUCGCACUUUCACCUCUCGCGUUAGCUUUAUCUCGAACAAACGCACUCGUCUACGGCGCCCCGCAUUGUCUCAAAUGCAGAGCCGCGAAAGCGUUGCUCCAUUUUCUCUUCGGCAACUCUGAAUGGCAGUCGCACCACGUGGACGUUUCGUUGGCGAAAAAUUGCCUCCAAUCUGUUGGAGUUAAAACAGUUCCCACGUGGGAAAUCAACGGGAAAAGGUUCGGCGGGAUUUUUGACGCGAAUCGAGCGAGCGUGACGACGGGGGCGCACGUCGGGGAACUCGUCGGAUGGACCGUUUUGCAAAGGAAAGUUGGCUCGGAAAGAGAAGCGGAGAAGAUGGUAUUCGACGCGAGGAGGAGGAAUACGAAUACGAAUAGCAGUACUAGCAGUAAUAGCGACGAGAAUAGCAGUAACAACAGUAAGAAAGGCGUAGACGUGACUUAUUUGGGCGGGGCGAGUUUAGGCGACGUCGCGAGAGGGGCGUGGAAAACCCCCGGGAGGCGAAGAACGCGCACGCGAACGCGACGACGAAGCGGAUGGUGUAAACGGGUCGCCGUACGUUUAGCCAUGCGAGGCGAGGGGAAGUUUUGGUGCGAGUUCGGGGAGUUAAGAAGCGAAAAGAGCGAGAAAAGAGCGAGGAAUGCACACAACGUCGCUUUAGAGCCGAUGUGA